GCGGCAGGGAUCAGGAACCGCAGAAGCUGGAGACGUGGCACCCCAGCGAGGGCCACCAUGGGGGAUCAGAGGCCGCAGGACUGGCUGAGGUCCCCGGGCAUGGACUCCAAGCCCUGGUACUGUAACAAACCGCCUUCCAAGUGCUUCGCGAAGCUCAAGCACAGGCGCCUGAGGUUAUCACCCAUGGACACCCAGAACUGGGUAUUUGUGAAGGAGGGCAUGGACGACUUCCGCUACGGCUGUCCGUCUCCCGAGGAUACGCUCGUUUGUCGCCGUGACGAGUUCUUACUCCCCAAAAUAUCUCUCAGAGGUCCCCAAGCUGACCCCAAAAGCGUGCAGAAAAAGCUGCUCAAGAAAGCGGCCCUAUUUUCCAAACUCUCUCCAGCCCAGCUAGCACGGAAGGCGUUCGUAGAGCAAGUGGAAGCCCAGCUAAUGGCCAAGCAUCCCUUGGCUAUGUACCCCAAUCUGGGAGAAGAUGUGCCUCCAGAUCUCCUACUACAGGUGCUGAAACAGCUGGAUCCUGAGAGGAAGCUGGAGGACGCUUGGGCUCGUUGUGAGGCCCGGGAGAAGACAACCCAGGUACCCACUGAGCCUAGUAAAUAUCCCUGUGGGGAAUUCUGCCUGAAGCCUCCCGAGACUCUGGUGUCCCAUCACCGCCGGGAGCUUCCCAAGACUACGGUGUCCAGUCUCUGCCCAGAGCCUCCCGAGACUGGAAUGUCCCAUCUAAGCCCGGAGCCUCCCAAGACUCCGGUGUCCAGUCUCCGCCCCAAGCCUCCGGAGACUGGAGAGUCCCAUCUCCGCCUAGAGCAUUCCAAGACUCAUCGGGGGUCCAGUCUCCGCUUGGAACCUUCCGAGACUGGAGUGUCCCAUCUUAGUCCGGAGCCUCCCGAGACUCGUCGGGCGUCCAGUCUCUACUCGGAGCUUUCCGAGACUGGAGAGUCCCAUCUCCACCCGGAGUCUCCCAAGACUCGUCGGGGGUCCAGUCUCUACUCGGAGCCUUCCGAGAUGGGAGUAUCCCAACUCCGCCUUGCGCCUCCCAAGACUCGUCGGGGGUCCAGUCUCUACUCGGAGCCUUCCGAGACUGGAGUGUCCCAUCUCCGCCUGGCGCCUCCCAAGACUCGCCGGGGGUCCAGUCUCCACUCGGAGCCUUCCGAGACUGGAGUGUCCCAUCUCCGCCUGGCGCCUCCCAAGACUCGUCGGGGGUCCAGUGUCCACUCGGAGCCUUCCGAGACUGGAGUGUCCCAUCUCCGCCUGGCGCCUCCCAAGACUCGUCGGGGGUCCAGUCUCCACUCGGAGCCUUCCGAGACUGGAGUGUCCCAUCUCAGCCCAGAGCCUCCCAAGAUUCGUCGGGGGUCCAGUCUCCACUCGGAGCCUUCCGAGACUGGAGUGUCCCAUCUCAGCCCAGAGCCUCCCAAGAUUCGUCGGGGGUCCAGUCUCCACUCGGAGCCUUCCGAGACUGGAGUGUCCCAUCUCAGCCCUGAGCCUCCCAAGAUUCGUCGGGCGUCCAGUCUCUACUCGGAGCCUUCCGAGACUGGAGAGUCCCAUCUCCACCCGGAGUCUCCCAAGACUCGUCGGGGGUCCAGUCUCCACUCGGAGCCUUCCGAGACUGGGGUGUCCCAUCUCAGCCCAGAGCCUCCCAAGACUGAAGUGUCUCAUCUCCACCCAGUGCCUCUCAAGACCGGAGUGUGCCGUCUCCGCCUGGAACCUCCCGACACUAGUCGGGUGUCCAAUCUCCUACUAUACAUGCUGAAAAUGCUGGAUUCUGGGAGGACGCUGAAGGACGUAUGGGAUCGUUGUGAAGCCCGGGUGAAGAAAACCGAGGAACCCACCGAGCCUGAUAAAUCCCCUUGUGGGGAACCCUGCCUGCAGCCUCCUGAGACUCAGGUGUCCCAUCCCCACCCGGAACACCCCAAGACUCGCUGGGUGUCCAGUCUCCUCUCGGAGCCUCCCAAGCCUCGUCGGGUGUCCAGUCUCCGCCCGGAGCUUCCCAAAGCUCCAGAGUUCCACCAGUUCUCGGAGCCUCCCAAGAUUCGAGCAUCCUACAUAAAAGAACUGCUUCAGAAAGAUACACCAAGCACAAAAGAGUGCGUUUCUGACUCUCUUCAAUAUAGAUACACAUCGGAAAAACUCCGUGAAUUCUUCAAGUGGGCUGGAGACCUGGGAGCUGAUGAAGAAUCCAUCAGGAAUCUGUUUGACUUUACCCCCAACUACAGAGCAACCCAUGAGGACCAAAAGUUUAAGAAGGUAAAGGAGUGUUCCUCAGAGCUGAAGUACAGCGUGGAGCUAGAUGAAAAGGAUGAGGACAAAUUCUUCUCAAAGGAAAAACACUGGGGCAGGAAAUUCCACAGGCCAUCGAAUUCUUAUACCACACAGCGUGUGAAGAUGAAGUAUGGAGCAUGGUACCUCAAGCCUAAGUUGUGGAAAAAGCUAAGAAGUGAUGAACCUUUGAUUGACCCCAAGCUCUCACUUAAAAAGCCUGAUGAACCUGACGUUCUUGACGAUCUUUAUGGACCAAUUGCCUUUAAGGAUUUCAUUCUAAGCAAGGGCUAUGAAAUGCCUGGAAUCCUUGAAAGGCUCUUUGCCAGGAAGGGAUGGACUUAUGACUCUGUUAAGACUCCUAUUCAACAUGCAAUGAUAGUUUACAAGUACAAAGAAAUCGCAGAGGCAUCGGAAGAAGAUUAGGCGGUUUUCAAUUUACUUCUCAAUUGGGUAUUUCUUGCUCUCAUUUUAAUCAUCAAUCAUAAUUUAUGAUGACUGGCCCCGUGGAUGUACAACUUGGGCAACAUCUGUAAAUUCAAUACCUAAUGUUUAUCAAUAUUUCUUAAU